AUGGUCGCCGUGGUCCGCUCUCUUAUGGUUCUGCUGCUGGCUCAGGUGUUGCUGGGAGGUGCUUCGGGACUUAUCCCAGAGGUUGGCCGGAGGAGGUACAGUGAAUCCGGGAAGCAGAGUCCACAGCAGUCGGAGAACUUUCUGAACGAGUUCGAGCUCCGGCUUCUCAAUAUGUUUGGACUGAAGCGAAGGCCAAACCCCAGUAAGCACGCAGUGGUGCCGCAGUAUAUGCUGGACCUGUACCAGAUGCACUCAGCCAACGGAGACCACAGCACGAAGCGGCCCCGGAGCCUGGGGAGGCACGCAGAGAGGGCUGCCAGCAAGGCCAACACGAUUAGAAGCUUUCACCAUGAAGAGGCCAUGGAGGCACUGGCCAGCCUAAAGAGCAAAACAACACAACAGUUUUACUUCAACCUGACCUCAGUGCCCGAAGAGGAGCUCGUCACAUCUGCAGAGCUGCGCAUCUACAGGGACCAGGUCCAGCAGGUCCAGGCCUCCAACAGCAGCACUGGGCUGCAUCGCAUUAACAUUUAUGAGCUCUUUGGACUUCCAGGGGCUCACGACCGGCAGCCCCUGGCCCGGCUGCUGGACACGCGGCUGGUGCGGGACUCUUUUAGCCGCUGGGAGAGUUUUGAUGUGAGUCCGGCCGUGUCUCAAUGGACCUCUGGGAAAAGCCACAACCGCGGGUUCAUGGUGGAGGUCCUUCACCCGGAGGAGGGGGAGGAACACAGACAUAAACAUGUGAGGGUGAGCCGGUCCCUGCACCAGGAUCAGGACUCGUGGGUUCAGGCGCGUCCUCUACUGGUCACAUAUGGACAUGACGGGCGCGGGGACGCUGUGCUUCACAGGCGGGACAAACGCCAGGCUACUCUCCGGAAACAGAGGCGAAAACAGAACAAAGCCAGCUGCAGGAGACAUGACCUGUACGUAGACUUUAGUGAUGUGGGCUGGAACGAGUGGAUAGUGGCUCCGCCGGGGUACCACGCCUUCUACUGUCAGGGAGAAUGUCCAUUCCCCUUAGCAGACCACCUCAAUUCUACCAAUCAUGCCAUAGUUCAGACUCUGGUCAACUCAGUCAACUCAAACAUUCCCAGAGCCUGUUGUGUGCCUACAGACCUCAGCCCCAUAUCUUUGCUUUAUCUGGACGAGUACGAAAAGGUCAUUCUGAAAAACUACCAGGACAUGGUGGUGGAGGGCUGCGGCUGCCGGUGA